AUGCAUGGAGGCCAUGUACACAAGCACCCAUCUAUUGGAAUGAAGAGUCAGCCUCACAUACAGACUAUUCUGUCUGAUGAAAGGCAUCUGCUAUUGUUUUUCAGUGAGCCCCGAAUAGCGCACCGGAUUGUGCAGUGUUGUGCCUGGAAUGGAGGAAUUUUCUGGCUGAGUAUCCUGGUCUUCUACCGAGUUUUUAUCCCUCUGCUUCAAGCUAUCACUGCAAAUAUAAUUGGUGACCCCUCAUUGCAUGGAGAUGUCUGGUCCUGGCUAGAAUUUAUCUUGAACUCCACUUUCAGUGCUUUGUGGAUAUUGCCCUUGUUUGUCCUCAGUAAAAUAGUGAAUGCCAUUUGGUUUCAGGACAUUGCUGACCUAGCGUUUAAAGUGUCUGGAAAGAAAGCACAACCGUUCCCCAGCAUAAGUAAGAUUAUCGCAGACAUGCUUUUCAAUCUGCUUCUGCAGGCCUUGUUCCUCAUUCAGGGGCUGAUAGUGAGUCACUUUCCUAUUGAAAUAAUAGGACAGCUGGGGAGCCUGUUUCACAUGUCAAUGCUGUAUUCUCUCUACUGCUUUGAGUACAAAUGGUUCAACAACGGGGUGGAGAUGCAUCAGCGCUUGUCCAACAUCGAGAGGAAUUGGCCUUAUUAUUUUGGUUUUGGAUUGCCUUUAGCUAUCCUCACUGCUCUGCCGUCAUCCUAUGUCAUCAGUGGCUGUUUAUUCUCCAUUCUCUUUCCUCUAUUUAUAAUAAGUGCAAAUGAAGCAAAGACCCCAUUGAGAUCAUUUCAUUUCCAGCUGCAUCUCUUCUCCUUUGUGAUCAUGCUCAGCAAUAAACUCUUUCACAAGACGGUUCAUAUCCAAUCUGCCAUGACAACAAUAGGGUCAUCUGAGCAUCUGCCAUCUCCUCAUUCGUCCCCUGCCAAACAGAGAUCUACGACGCAGCAGUAAACUCCAGUUGAGGGUAUAACGCUUCUUGCCCCCUCCCUUUGCACAGAGUUCCCUCAAAUGAUUCACAGCCCAAGAAGGCAAGACAGUUCUGCUGGAGACUUUGUUAAUGAGCAGCCACAUUUCACUUGUGUCUCUGAACAUGGAUUCCAGACCUGCCUUUCACCUGUCCUACACCUCACCUCUCUGAAUCUGUGUGGAAUUCACCCAUGUGUUAGCAAACUGGGAAGUAGAAGACUUGAACUUUCAUCUGAUUUUCAAGUGGUACAUUUUUAUGUAUAAAGCAUUUUAUAGAAUGCAUGUGAGUGAGAGAGAAUUUGUUGCAAAUAUUAGCUGACUUGUGCCUGAAUGUUAUAUUUGUAUACAUUUGUGCCAAGUGUGUGACUUACAGAACAUAAUGUGUUUCUCUUUGUUGCUUUGAGGGGGCCAGGGUGAGAGGAGAGGUGUGCAAGGUUGUGAAAAUGUAACCAUGCUUGGGUCAGUAUUAGUCUCGCUCCAAAUAACCAUCAGGGAUUUCAUAAUGAAAACGGUAACUUGUGUUCUGGUUCAAUAUUAAAAGAGUAAUAAUUAUGGUUAAGUGUAUUUGUGAUCCCUUUGAGUUAAUGAAGAAACCUGAUUUUUUUUAAAUCCUGUGAUUCUUUUCGAAGAGGAGGGAUGGAGUACUGCAAUGGAGUUUACAAAACUUUGUUCCUUAAAGACUGACAGAUGAAUUUAUUCUUAUAUAAAGUUGUGCUCUGAUUUAGACUGUCUCAAGCCCAAUGUGCUUUUGUUUUUGUACGUUAGGAAUCACUUUGAGCCUGGAUUGACAGUGUUCAUACCACUUAAAUUUUAGAUAUGUGGCUAAAUGACUGGCUUACACUCAGUGAAGAGAAGUAAUUGAGUGUUGUGAAUACAGGUGAAACAAAUUGUAGGUCAGCACAGUGACUGAAAAAUGAAAGGUCAACCCCAGUCAUCCUCUGACCAAUCAUCCAUUUGAUAAGAUCAUACUUUGGCCCUGUCCUAAUUUUGUGCUUUAUUUCAGUACUUUACUUCUUGACAUUUUGAGCUGGCCAAACCCCUUCAAGGUAAUCUUGCCUGACUUUACUUCCAUUCUUGACCAUAUUUUGCCUUUGGCCAGAUUGAAGGUUAAAUAAAACUCUGAUAUAUGUCUACGUUCUUCUGUAAUGGGGACGUAGCCAUACAGAAUGUAUUAACUUUCAAGUCCACUCAACGUGUGAUGAGUUCCAACACUUCCGAGUGUGGUGUUGCCUGUUUGGCUGAGAGAAGGAGUCUGACAGGAGAGGAAAAAGAACUUACUGCUUGCUUCUGUGCAGAAUACCAUUGGUGGGGGAUUACACAUGGUCUCCAAAAGUGGAAGAAUGAACAGAAUGCAUGUUUAUGGUGAGAAAAAGCAUAACUAAAAACAUACUGCUCAAUCUUGGAAGUUUCUGGAUUAGCGUCAGUCAUGUUGACCAGCAGUCAAAAACAGUUAGAAACUCUGCCAUGAUGUACAGUGGAACAGACUGUUCAUGUUUUACUGUUCAGAUCUGAGAUUUGAUACUUGUGGGCGAGGGUGCAGUGUUGCACUAUUCCAUACCUACUAACAACUGCUUAAAAUUCACAGUCAAUUGGACUUUAGGGAACUUUGACCCGAGUCCACACCACAGACACACCACCCAUCCCACACCUCUGAAUUCAUAUUUACUAAUUCCAUUACUUUUUCACCAGUUUUCUGACCCCGCUACAUCACCCAAAAAGUCACGAGGCACAGAUCCACAGGUAACACCUAACCACUCAUACUGUGUACUGGGGUCACGAGGUGUUAUAAAGGCCAUUUGUCCCAUUCAGAAGGAGCCAGCCCUAUCUCACUUUAAGACCAUUCCGGGGUUUUCAUCCUCACUGUACUACCCAUAAUCUGAUUCUGUGACUUCACCUUGUGAAGCAGAAAUUCCUGGCAUGAGUCCCAUAUUUGCCUCAGAACCUAUGCUGUCUUGUCCUACUGUCACGGUUUUUAAUUUGAGAUUGUGUUCCAAAUUAUAAAUAUUCAGGAUCACAGUUUGAGUCAGUUCCUUACCAGGCUGAGGAGCCCAAAUUGCUCCUGUUUCUUCCACUUAACUCUGUCCUCUAUUGAGCCUUGCACCUUCUCUCUGGGGAGCUGCCUGUAGAGCUGUAGUGUUUGCCAUGUUUCUUGGUAACCAAGACUAGUCAAAACAACUUUGAGGCAAACCACCAUGGGCAGGAGGGUGUACUGAAGGAGUUCACCUCAUUUCAUUUGGUUUAAUAAAAGUGUUUAAAAUUCUGCAGUCUUGGAAUGUGAUUAAUGUACUUGAGAAAACUUUUUAACUUACCAAGUACUUUAUCUAUCUGUGGAAAAAAAAAGCAGAUCUAAUGAUCUACCAGAAUCAAAGCUAUUCCCUAGAUUUGGCACACUCCUGUUAUCUUGACAAGCGUACCCUCCUUUAGCCACUAGGUCCCUGUUGACUAACAAGGUGUAGGGAAUGAUGAUAAUGAAGAGGAGAGUUCCAUCCCCCUGCCCUGAAGUGGAACUCACCAAUAACACAGACAAUUCCGUCUUGAGUAUAUGCACCUAGAAACAGAAGCCAAUGUGUUUAUGUGUGGGAGAGACUGUUUUUUAUCCAUCUUGGGAUACCAGAUGGUUCAUAAUUAAUAUACAGUAGAACAUCAGUUAAAUGAACUAUGGAACCAAUGUGUCUUUAACUUUAUCAGGUAUUACUUACAUGAAGCAACAUUUUAAAAACCUCCAAAUCUCAGAAAGAGAAAACAGAGUAUCCAGCACCAAGAUAACGUGCACGGUUGUGCAUCAUUUACUAAUGGUUAUUUUGUUUGAUGUUGAUUUGGACCUAUUGCUGCACCACUCUGAUUAGUCAGCUUUGGAAGUGAUUUCUUGACCGUGAAUGCAUAGAACCAGCUCCUCUGCAAAAGGCUCAGGGCUGGAUGGCCUACUCCUGCUCCAAUGUUCCUAUGUAUGUAAGAACACAAAAAUUACAUAUAUCCUACUCAAAUACCAAUAGGAUGCUGACCAUCCAGGAAUAUCGUUCUUCAUUGGAUUUGUAAAAUAUCGAGAAAGUACUUUCAGAAUCUGUCAGCUCACGUAUGACUGUUAGUUUUGAGAGAUCACAGCCCACAAAAUAUUGGGUUGGAUUAAUUGUUAAUGUUCUUCACUGGUUAUGAUUUCCACUUUUAGAAUUGCUGCACCUUGUCUGUGAAUAGGGUAUAUCAUUCUCUUUUUAAGUACAUUGUGUAGUAUUUAUCUCUUGACAGCCUCUAAAAUGCAGGCUGAAAUAUAGGACAACACUUUCUCCAGGCCAUGCCUAAAAUCAAGGAUGCUCUCAAUUGUGUUUCUCAGUCACUCUCUCUUUUCCCCACUGUGCACACAGAUGCGCACGUGCACACACGCACAUAUCAGACCCCAUACAACCCUUUUCUCUAGCCUUUGUCUCUCAUUUUCCUCAGUUUGCCAUACUGAUUGUUUUUCAAUGGCAAUUGUCUAGGAACCCCUUUUUUUAAAUGCCAAUUUGUGGUAUAAUCCUAAAUAUUCAUUACUGUAAAUGUGAGCCGCCUGAACUCCUCCCUUAGAUUGCAGUCUAUAACUUACUCUCGGAUAUCCAUUUGUUAAUUGAUAUUAAUUUCUACAACAAAGAAAUCUGACCUGAUGAGGUUAUAUUUCUGAUUAGUAACAGUAUCCUGGCAACAGACUGCUGCUCAACAAUGUAUGUUGUAUUAUACAAAGUGGUUAUUGACAUUAAACCAAGUGCUGAAAUAUGAGUUACUUUAAUGCUGUGAAGCUGUUACUUGCAUCAAAUUAUCUGCAUAUCAAUUGAAGUGAUGUCACCUGAAAUCCUGUCUUUAGUCAAUAAUUCCCUUUGAAAUGUAUCCACAGUUAUAAUGCAGGCUGAAGAUAGCUUUGUUUGCAUUUAAAAGUUUCGUAAAUUAAGGAGUGUUGAUGCAACUGAGGUCUUUUAAUUUACAAUAGGGAGAACAAAACAAAGCAGGUUUUUGGGCAUAGUUACCGUCAAAUUAACACAAAUUUGAUACUGUUUGAACCAUCGGUGAUGAGUGCAACGUGCCAGAUUAAACUAAAAACAAAUUCAGGAAAAUUAUGUUUUUAAAUCGAAGCUGGACCAAUGUAAUAAGAAAAGCAAAAGAUGAGCACUUGGCACUUCACCUAGCACUUCCAAUGAGACCAAAGGGUGGAAAUUCAAUUCGGUCCUUUUUUCACAUUGGUUAGAACUCCCAUAAAAUUUUCCAGAGCACUUGUCUGGAUGAAAGUAUUAAUCUGAUCCUGUUGGCAGGCUGCUAUGGACAGGAACCACUAGACAGCAAUCAGGAGUGUUAGCCCCUGCUGAUUUUUCUCAUUAUCUGCUGCAUUGGCCCUCCCUCUUUCAUAACCCAGGGCUGAGACACUUUCAGAACUCCCACUGCCACUUGAUCAUUCAGCACUAAACAGGGAUUGACCCUUUUGAUCUCCCUUGCCUUUGUUAGUCAAUGUGUCACUUCAAACACUACACAUAACCCAUCCCAUACAAAUUGAAUGCACUUUGUAAUCUGCCAUUUCUAGUCUUUGUCUUUAAACUAGAUUUCAGCAACUUGUAUAGAAAAGUUUGAAAAUGAAAUGUUUGGCGUUUUGAGUAGAUAAUUAAUUCGUACCAGCUCUACUUACUGGGCAAGAUCCCUGCCUUCAGAUUUAAAGCAAUAAAACUCUAAAUCGAACAUUUCGAAGUUUGUUGCCGUAAAAUCAAGAGAAAAGGCCAAUACAGUUCUUUAUCUGAUCUGUGUUUACUUACUCCAAAAAUUAUAUAUAUAAUAUAUAUAUAUAUCUAAAUUGUAGAUAAUAUAUAUUCAGCAGUGAAUUCAGCGGAGACAUUCAUUUAGGAACUGUCUGAUCCAGGAUAUGAUCUUAAUGUCUGCUUGAAAUUAAUUUUACUUUGACUCUUCAGUCCUUCUGGAACUUUUUAUUUAAACAAUGUAGUUAAUGGUUAAAUUAAACACUAAAAUCCAUUUGAAAAGAAGAUCUGGAUACUCUAUUUAUCCUGUGGUUAUGGUUCACUAACACUGAAUUUAAUAUCAUGCACAGUGACUUAAAAACUUACCAGUGCUCUACCUGGAUUCCCCACCUUUUCCAUCCGGCUCCAUACUUGAUCAUAACCGAACAUUUUUUUAAAGAGUUGAAAAUGUUGACAUAAUUUUACCGGAUUGCAGGCUGAGACACUCUUAAAUGCUAUCAGACCUCAUUGUCCCAGCCCCAGUUGAAAGUAUUUGCCCCAGUGGAUGGAUGACUUUUCUUUCAUAUUAAAGGAUACAACAGGAGUCAUGGUAGUAGUCACCUCCACAUACUGUAGGGGGAUCUCACCAGGAUCUAUGUUUAUAACAUACAGUGGUACAUAGUGCUGCAAAGAACAAGAGUGUCGAAUGCUUCUUUAACUUUGAGUUGUUCCAGGCUGUUUUGUGUCUGCCUCACAGAAAACCAACCAUAACGUGGUCAUAUCUCAUGUUUGUACUCAUAUUUCAAUUGCAUUUUGUGUAACUUGUUGUGGACUUGGUAAAAUUCUCUCAACAUUGUAGUUUACAUGAAUCAUUAAGCUGCCAGUAAUGUGUCUUUGGAGCUACAGCAGUCAAUGGGUUUAUUACUAUACCUCUGCUUCUUUUCUCAGCUUCUUAAAAUAUGAUUUAACCAUUUAAUUUGUGGUGCUCCCCGACUGUGAGGUGUAGUUCAGUCCGUAAUGCUGCCUGAGCUAUGAUUUCAGUAGCUUUAUUCCCUCUGGUUAGGAGUUUGCAGCCUGUAGACAUGACUGUAUUUAAUGUAGCUUUUCAAUCGAUUCACCUGGAGAUGCAGAAACGCUGCAGACAGAUUUCCCUCUUCCACUUCAGACUCACUGGCCAGUUAACAUUCAGUCAAAUCCGGAGUUGUGUUUCCAUUUUCCUGAUGCUAGCAGUCUAACUACUACUCAUUUUACAGGGCUCCCGUGUGCAAAGCUCUGUUUAGAUGACUAGGCUUGCUUUCCCUAUUGCAGAUACCAUUCAGAAAGCUCCCAAGGCAUUGGAAUACUCUGCUCUGUGAUGCACCAUUAUAUUUCUACUGGUUUGCAGCAAAGAUAGAUUGAUAACUGAAAAUGUUGCCUCACUACUGAAAUCUGAGUGACUGAAUUGCUAAAAGACGGACAUUACUAAAGGCUUUUUCUUCAUUUAGUCCUUCCCACCCACCAAGGUUAGGUCAAGUCAGGCUUUGGUGUGAGCAUAUAAGCAUGAGGUUUAGCUACAGGGCAUACCUCCAAAAUGCCAACAAGAAUGCUAAUAUUCAUUAUAUUAGGAGUCACGGAACAUUAAUUAUUGUGCUCCAACUUUUACUCGGCCUAAGAUCAGCAAACUCAACAUAGCCUGGGCUGUGACCUGGGACUCCUUGGUCGGUUUGAAUCUAUUGCACCACAUGCAGUAUUAACUCACUGAUUAUACAGGGGACCACCCUCUUCAACAAAUAUUUUAAAUGGUACAACUUCCUAUAACAAACCAAAAAAGGGAUGUAAAAUAUUACUUCUAGGUAGAGGGUGCUGAUGGACAAUAUCCAUAAAUUUCUGAUCAAGCUGCUUAUGCCCCUUUUAUAUGAAGGACAAUUACUGUAUUCAACUAUACUUUAAUAUGCAUUUUCAGAUUUCAUAUAAAGCAAGUUGUUUUCAAACUACAGCAAGCUUGAGCUGUUCAACUUUCUCUUUUCAAGAAGAACAAGGUCUUACUCAAUGUGCUAUGUUUUGUGAACUUAUACAAAGUAAUUUUAAAAGUCGUGUUUGACAAAUUGUAUGCUUUUGUAACAAGGACUUUAUCCUCGGCCCCUGUUGUAGACUGAGGAUGAUAUAAAAAUGAAGCUCAAAAUGUAUUUGAUAUUUGUCAGUGUACACGCCAUUUAAUGUGAAAAUAAAAGCACUUGUACAAG